CAUAAUAUUUAUGUGCGUUGUAUUUUGUUGUAUGAUAUAUAUUGUGGUCAAUUUGCUUAGACGGUCUGUUUAACCAGUCAUGUUUUCAGAAAAUAAAUUGAUAUCUGUAGACUUCGAAGUUUUUGGAAUUGUACAAGGUGUCUCCUUCAGAAAGUAUACAGUUAAAAAAGGGAAGGAGCUCGAAUUAAAAGGAUGGUGUAUGAACACUGAUCGAGGCACUGUACUGGGGCAGUUAGAAGGAGAACCAAUGAAGGUGGAGCAAAUGAAACUCUGGUUGAAAUGUACUGGGACCCCAAAGUCCAGGAUUGAUAAAGCUGAAUUUAGAAAUGAACGAAGUAUAGACAGCUUUUCUCUAAAUGAAUUUAAAGUUCGACGCUAACUUAUUAUGUUUUCUUCUCCCCAUUCAAAACUCCGAUUUCACUUUGUUUGAAUCUUGUAUCUUAGUGUUUAAGAUGUAAUUUCACUGUUAACACCAUGUGAGGUAUUUAUACACGUGUUAAAUUGUCUAUAAUGAAGGUUCUUUAGACAUUAUUGGCACUUGUUAGGCCUCUUCCUUUGAGAAUGCUACCAGUAUUACACACGUUUCUAAUUUUUGAAGCCUCAUUCAAUUAUUACGUUAAAGAACUCAAGAUGGUUUGUAUUCAUUUCAUGCUCAUGUUUCAUUAACCUGACACAUAAUCCAGCAUUUCUAUCGUAGUCACAGUCAUACAUGUAUGUUUGAAUAUUGGCCAAUAAAAUGCUCAUUUAUGGUUA